AUGGAAUCACACGUCAAAUACCUUGACGAGCUCAUACUGGCCAUAAAAGACCUAAACUCUGGCGCGGGCUCGGGAGUGCAGGUCAAAAGAGUGCCUCCGGACCCACCCUCUUCUCAGGAGUACGCCAAAAGUUUAAAGAUCCUGAAUACCCUCAUAAGGAACUUGAAGGACCAAAGAAGGAAUAAUAUAAUGAAAUAUGAUACAAUUUUUGCCAAGUCUGUUUCUGCCCUCGCCCUUCUGUUGAAGUAUAAUCCCUUUCUACUAGUCAUGAAGGAUGCUGAUGGGAAACUCCAAAUACAAAGGCUGAUAGACGACUUUCUUGGCAUAUCCGUUUUGAAUUAUGAUAACCAUCAUAGGAUAUGGUUUGUGAGGAGAAAGCUGGGCAGCUGGUGCAAGGAUUGUGUACAGUACUAUGGAAAGGCCGUUAAAUUGCAGCUUGCUGCACAUUUAGAAAAUGUCAUGAAUUUUCACGAACAAGCUUUGACAGAUGUCCUUUUGGGUAACACGGAACUCGCCAUGUUCUAUGACACGUUAAGAGGUUUAUACGUCCUUUUAUACUGGUUCACCUCCGAGUAUGAUACUUUUGGGAACUCCAUAGCGUUCUUGGAUUCUUCUUUAGGGUUCACCAAAUUUGACCUGAAUUUCCAACGUCUAAUAAGAAUCGUUCUUUAUGUAUUUGAUUCCUGCCAAAUAUCAACAUUAGAAUAUGCCGAACUUCAACUCAAAUACGUUUCACUGAUUGCGAAUUAUGUUUGCAACAGAACAAUAACCACUACCCUGAGCGCACCAACACUAGUUAGUAGUGAACAACUGAAAUUCGCUUUGACUACUAUACAUCGCUUUUUGGAUAGCAAAUGUGGGCUCCUAGAUAAUGAUCCCACAAUGGCAAAAGCGAUUUUACGACUUUAUUCUCUCUGUAUUUCCAAUGAUUUCUCAAAAUGCUUCAUAGAGCACUUUCCCAUUGAUCAAUGGGCAGAUUUUUCGCAGAGCGAAGUUUUCCCAUUUACUCAAUUGACCAAUAAAGCUCUCUCAAUUGUUCAUUUCGAUUUAAAAAUAAGGUCCUUGCCUGUUGAAGCUUUGAAGUACAACAAUAGAUAUAAAAUUUGGACUUACCAGCCGGAACAGGACUUGAAUAUGAAAAAUGUUACUUCCCCAUUUGAUGAUCGAUAUAAACAACUAGAAAAACUAAGAUUAUUAAUACUAAAGAAGUUCAAAAGUACACAAAAGGAAACGUUACUCCAAUACCGCCUAAACCAAUUAAGUCCUGGUUUCUUUCAGAGAACUAAAAACGAUUUUAAAUUAAUUCUAAACGAAACGUCAGUAUCCAUUCAAACAUGUUUUAAGACAAAUAACAUAACGAAGCUGACAUCAUGGACUGUAGUUCUCGGACGGCUAGCGUGUUUGGAAUCACAAAAGUUUUCGAACAAUCUUCCGAAUUCUACAAGGAAUAUGAAUGACUGGUACGUUUGUCAUUUAUGCGAUGUUGAGAAAACUGGGAAUCCGUUUGAACGAAUAUAUUCGGAUAGACCAGAAGCCGCGAAUAAAUCAGAAGUCUUCAAAAUGCUCCAUUCAAACUUCCUAUCUCACCCUAACGUGGAAAAAUUUAGUGAAUCUCUACUAAGCGGCAUCUUACUUUCCCUGCAAAGAAUUUUCUCUCACUUUCAACCACCAAAGCUUACGGAUGAGAAUGAUCAAAUUAGCAAGACUUUUGAAGUAGUUCAAAAAUGCUUCAUGAAUACUAAUAGAUAUCUACGUUUAUUGAGUAGCAGAAUUGUUCCUCUGCUCAAUAUAUCUGACUCACAUAAUUCGGAGGAUGAACAUACCGCUACGCUCAUAAAAUUUUUACAGUCUCAAAAAUCACCAGUCGUAAGAGAAAACUUAGUUAUUGCUUGGACACAAUUGACAUUAACGACUUCCAAUGACGUGUUUGACACCCUACUUUUGAAACUGAUCGACAUUUUUAAUUCCGAUGAUUACAGUCUUCGAAUAAUGAUGACUUUUCAAAUAAAAAACAUGGCCAAAAUUUUAAAGAAAACACCUUAUCAAUUAUUAUCACCAAUUUUGCCUGUUUUACUAAGACAAUUGGGAAAAAAUCUUGUGGAAAAAAAAGUUGGAUUCCAAAAUCUAAUCGAAUUAUUGGGCUACUCCUCUAAAACUAUUCUUGACAUUUUCCAGAGAUAUAUCAUCCCUUAUGCUAUUAUUCAGUACAAAAGCGAUGUUCUAAGUGAAAUUGCCAAAAUUAUGUGUGAUGGCGAGGCUAGUUUAAUUAACCAAUUGAAAGUGACUUUGUUGAAAAAAAACAGUAGGCAGAUAUUUGCGGUGGCGCUGGUGAAACAUGGGCUUUUUUCUCUAGAUAUAUUGGAAACUCUUUUCCUUAACAGGGCUCCCACUUUUGACAAACGAUAUAUUACAGCCUACCUUCCUGAUUACAAAACAUUGGCUGAAAUAACAAAGCUCUACAAAAAUAGCGUUACCAAAGAUGCAAGCGACAGAGAAAAUGCGAACAUGAUUUUGUGCUCUUUGCGGUUUUUAAUCACUAACUUUGAAAAAGACAAAAGACAUGGCUCGAAAUACAAAACUAUGAAUAAUUGGACAGAUGAUCAGGAACGAACUUUUCAAAAGAAGUUACAAGACAAUAUUUUAGGUAUUUUUCAGGUAUUUUCGAGUGAUAUACACGAUGUUGAAGGUCGCACCACUUAUUACGAAAAAUUAAGGGUUAUCAAUGGUAUUUCCUUCCUUAUCAUAUAUGCACCAAAAAAAUCCAUAAUUUCUGCGUUAGCCCAAAUUAGCAUUUGUUUGCAAACGGGACUUGGACUUAGUGAAGUUCGAUAUGAGGCAUUCAGAUGUUGGCAUUUGUUGGUUCGCCAUUUAAAUGAUGAAGAGCUAUCUACUGUUAUAGAUAGCUUAGUAGCAUUUAUACUUCAAAAAUGGACCGAAUUCAAUGGAAAGCUUCGAAAUAUAGUAUAUAGUAUACUGGAUACCCUAAUCAAAGAAAAAUCCGAUUUGAUUCUGAAAUUGAAACCGUACACUACACUAGCUCUAGUAGGCAAGCCUGAAUUGGGGAUUUUAGCUCGUGAUGGUCAAUUCGCAAGAAUGGUGAAUAAAAUAAGGAGCACUACAGACCUUAUAUCCAUAUUUGCUGAUAAUUUAAAGAGCAGUAACAAAUAUGUCAUAAAUCAGAAUUUGGAUGACAUAGAGGUUUAUCUGAGAAGAAAGCAAACAGAGAGGUCUAUUGAUUUUUCAUCGAAAAAGGUUGGCCAUACGUCCGAUAUAACUUUGGUUCUGGGUGCUUUACUAGAUACCUCUCAUAAGUUUAGAAAUUUAGACAUGAAAUUAUGUGAGAAAUGCGCAAAAUGCAUUAGUAUGAUUGGUGUUUUGGACGUUACAAAGCAUGAAUUUAAAAGAAGUACUUAUUCGGAAAACGAAGUUUACGACCUUAAUGAUAGUUUUCAAACAAUAAAAUUUUUAAUAUGGGUGAUCAACGAUAUUCUGGUUCCUGCAUUUUGGCAAAGUGAGAAUCCUAGCAAGCAGUUGUUCGUUGCUCUUGUUAUUCAGGAAUCAUUGAAAUACUGUGGUCUAAGCUCAGAAUCAUGGAAUAUCAACCAAAAGGAGUUAUACCCAAAUGAGGCUAAACUAUGGGAAAAGUUCAAUUCUAUCUCAAAGACCACAAUUUAUCCGCUCAUAUCUUCCUUGUAUCUCGCACAAUCUUGGAAGGAGUAUGUGCCGCUGAAGUAUCCUUCCAAUAACUUCAAGGAAGGAUAUAAAAUCUGGGUGAAAAGAUUCACAUUAGAUUUAUUAAAAACAGGCACAACAGAAAAUCACCCCCUGCAUGUGUUUUCUUCUUUAAUUAGAGAGGACGAUGGCUCACUAUCAAAUUUUUUGCUUCCUUAUAUUUCUCUUGAUGUUAUCAUUAAGGCGGAAAAAGAAACUCCAUACGCAGACAUCUUAAGCGGAAUCAUCAUUGAAUUUGACAGCAUAUUUACAUGUAAUCUGGAAGGGAUGAAUAACUUGCAAGUGGAUUCUUUGAGAAUGUGCUAUGAAUCAAUUUUUAGGGUUUUCGAGUAUUGCAAAAAAUGGGCAACCCAAUUCAAGCAAAAUUAUAGUAAGUUACAUGGCACUUUUAUCAUAAAGGAUACAAAAACAGUCGAUAUGCUUUCGAGGAUAGAAAAGUUUCUACAAGCUACACCUUCAGAUUUAUUAGCUCAACGCUCCUUAGAGACGGAUUCAUUCGAAAGAUCCUCUCUAUACCUUGAACAGUGUUAUCGAAAAAACCCUCGUGAUAAGAAUCAAAGUGAACAACUACUGAAAAAUUUGCAAAUUACAUAUGAAGAAAUCGGCGAUAUUGACUCCCUCGAUGGUGUGUUGAGAACUUUUGCCACAGGGAACUUAGUUUCCAAAAUCGAAGAGUUACAAUAUUCAGAAAAUUGGAAACUUGCGCAAGAUUGCUUUAACGUACUCGGUAAAUUUUCAGAUGAACCCAAAACUACUACCAGGAUGCUAAAGUCUAUGUAUGAUCAUCAACUAUAUUCUCAAAUACUUUCAAGCUUUUCCUCUCAUUCUGCAGAUGAUAAAAUUUCAUUAGCUCCAGAGGUAAAGGAAUGGUAUAGCAUAGGCCUUGAAGCUGCAAACCUGGAAGGUAACAUCCACACUUUGAAAAAUUGGGUAGAACAAAUAGAGAGCUUAAGGAGUAUUGAUGAUAGAGAGGUGCUUUUACAGUAUAACAUUGCCAAAGCCUUGAUUGCCAUCUCUAAUGACGAGCCAUUGAGAACUCAAAAGUUCAUCCACAAUUCCUUUAGACUUGUUGGAACAAAUUUCAUAACAGCGUCUAAAGAGACGACGUUGUUGAAGAAACAAAAUUUAUUGAUGAAAUUACACAGUCUAUAUGACCUCAGUUUACUGUCUUCUGCCAAAGAUAAAUUUGAAUGCAAAACCAACACUACGAUACUUGAUUACCGAAUGGAACGUAUCGGAGCUGACUUUGUACCCAAUCAUUACAUAUUAUCAAUGAGAAAGUCAUUUGACCAAUUGAAAUUGAAUGAACAAGCAAGUGCAGACUUAGGGAGAACAUUUUUCACCUUAGCCCAAUUGGCGAGAAACAACUCUAGAUUAGACAUAGCUUCGGAAUCACUGAUGUAUUGCUUAGAGAAGAAGUUGCCUCAGGCAGAGUUGGAGUUUGCUGAAAUACUAUGGAAGCAAGGUGAGAAUGAUAGAGCUCUAAAAAUAGUACAAGAAAUACAUGAAAAAUAUCAAGAAGAUUCUUCGGUUAACUCUCGUGAUCGUGCUGCCGUACUACUAAAGUUUACCGAAUGGUUAGACCUUUCGAACAAUUCGGCGUCUGAGCAAAUUAUCAAACAGUAUCAGGAUAUCUUUCAGAUUGAUUCCAAAUGGGACGAACCCUAUUACUCUAUUGGGUUAUACUAUAGUAGGUUACUUGAACGGAAAAAAGCAGAGGGUUACAUUACUAAUGGCCGUUUCGAAUAUAGGGCAAUAUCUUACUUUCUAUUGGCAUUUGAAAAGAACACAGCCAAGGUGAGAGAAAAUUUACCAAAGGUAGUCACGUUUUGGCUAGAUAUUGCUGCCGCAUCAAUUUCUGAAGGUUCCGGAAACAGAAAGGAAAUGUUGAGUAAAGCAACAGAAGAUAUAUGUAGUCAUGUUGAAGAGGCAUUGCAACAUUGUCCCACAUAUAUUUGGUACUUCGUUUUGACUCAGUUAUUGUCUAGAUUACUACAUUCUCAUCAGUCAUCGGCCCAAAUAAUAAUGCAUAUACUUUUAAGUUUGGCUGUUGAAUAUCCAUCUCACAUUUUGUGGUAUAUUUCUGCUCUUGUCAAUUCUAAUUCUCCGAAGAGAGUUCUUCGUGGGAAACAUAUUCUAGAAAAGUAUAGACAACAUUCGCAAAAUCCCCAGGACUUGGUUUCUACUGCAUUAGAUUUAACGAAAGCAUUAACUCGGGUUUGCUUGCAAGAUGUCAAGAGUGUUACAAGUAGAGCAGGUAAAUCUUUAGAAAAAGACUUUAAAUUUAAUAUGAAUUUGGCUCCAUCCGCAAUGGCGGUUCCAGUAAGACAGAAUUUAGAUAUUAUUUCCCCUAUCGAGUCUGACUCAAUGAGGGGCUACCAACCAUUUAGGACAGUCGUUACUAUAAUUAGGUUUGGAUCAUCUUAUAAGGUAUUUUCGUCACUAAAGAAACCUAAGCAAUUAAACAUAAUAGGAUCAGAUGGCAAUAUUUAUGGAAUAAUGUGUAAGAAGGAAGAUGUUCGACAAGAUAACCAAUAUAUGCAAUUCGCAACAACAAUGGAUUUUCUUCUGAGUAAAGACAUAGCUUCAAGAAAAAGAAAUCUAGGCAUAAACAUCUACUCUGUGCUGUCCCUUCGAGAGGAUUGUGGCAUAUUGGAAAUGGUACCUAACGUUGUUACUGUAAGAUCAAUCCUUUCGACAAAGUAUGAAAGUCUAAAAAUAAAGUAUAGUUUAAAAAAUUUACAUGAUAGAUGGCAGCACACUGCAGCAGAUGGGAAACUAGAUUUUUAUAUGGAGCAAGUGGAAAAGUUCCCUCCGAUAUUAUAUCAAUGGUUUUUAGAAAACUUUCCAGACCCGAUUAAUUGGUUUGCUGCUAGAAAUACUUACGCCAGAUCUUAUGCCGUCAUGGCCAUGGUGGGACAUAUAUUAGGUUUAGGUGAUAGGCAUUGUGAAAAUAUCCUGCUGGAUAUACAGACGGGUAAAGUUCUCCAUGUUGAUUUUGACUGUUUAUUUGAAAAAGGGAAGAGAUUACCUGUUCCAGAAAUUGUCCCAUUUAGAUUGACGCCAAAUUUACUGGAUGCAUUAGGCAUUAUUGGAACGGAGGGAACAUUCAAGAAAUCUAGUGAAGUCACAUUGGCUCUAAUGAGAAAAAAUGAAAUAGCAUUGAUGAAUGUGAUUGAAACAAUCAUGUACGACAGAAACAUGGACCACUCGAUACAAAAAGCCCUGAAAGUUUUGAGAAACAAGAUCCGUGGUAUAGAUCCGCAAGAUGGGUUAGUUUUGAGUGUUGCUGGUCAGACGGAGACAUUGAUUCAAGAAUCAACAUCGGAAGAGAAUUUGAGCAAGAUGUAUAUUGGCUGGCUCCCGUUCUGGUAG